GUUCAUCGAAAUGCCGUCAGAGAGCCGCAGUAGGUCGAUCUUGGCAGCCGUCACUUACCCAUUAAACUGUGCCCCCCAAGUGCAAAUCGGCUAGUGGCGAUGCCAAAUCACUGUCGCCCAAAUCAGCUCUCCUCCACCUGUUCUUUUGUCGUCCAAUCAACGCACGAGAUGCGCUAGGCGGUCAAACUGCCCCUUAAUUGUGUCUUUUUUUUUUUUUUUUUUUUUCGCAUGCCUGUCCCAUUAUGUGCAAACUCUAUGUGCAUUUAGCAAAACCGGGCGAUUCUCCAGAAGCAACGGACCUUUUUUUAUCUUAUCAUGGCUUCCUUUUCUCUACUUGGGUGCCAUGUGUGCAAACAACAAGAUUUCGCUGUCAAACAGGCACUCCGAACCCAUCUCCGAAGAAUUCACAACAUUGUACUUCCACCUGGUAGACGAGGUGUCUCAAAAAAGAGCUGUGCCGAUCGUCCGUAUGUCUGCCCUUCUUGUGCUGAAACUUUUGCGUCCCUUGACGACCAAGCUGUACACAUCGCAUAUCAUAUAAACAGACAGUUACAAUUGUUCUUGCAGUAUCAAACGUCAUCUCAAGCAGUUUCCACUUCGCCCGAACCGUCCACCAGCAGCACAAAUCAUGAUGACGGCGGAAACAAUGCCGAACUUGGUGCCAUUAGUCCAGAAAACGUGAAUCUUGAUAUCUACGAGCCAAAGGCGGACGAUCGUUUCAUGAUCGAUGGAUUUGACGUAUCCAAAGCCUUUUACGACUUCCAAGUUUCUGUGCACAAGAGGAUACUUCAAGGCGAAUACCUAAAAAUGGAAUCACAUGUGCAACAUGUAUUAUCAUUAUCAUCCAUCUUUUUGGUCAAGCCUAAACGCUUUCACGACGAUCUUGUGCAACAUAUCCCUGACACUGUACUUGAAAAGGUUGUAAAGGAUUUGGCCGAGAAAUUUGACAUUUGCACGCAUACCAUAAGCUUGGAUCUUACGAGCAGAUUGUUUCCAUUGAUUGAUGACGUGCUCAACAACAAAAUCGACCGAGAUGAAGCGACUAUCAAGAUGAUGCAGUUAAAAGGUCAAACUUCAAGGAAGGAGUACCGAAUUGUGAAGUCGUUCGCUAUGAUCAUGCAAAAAGCACCCGAAUACUGUAUUAGCGAUACAAUAAUGGAGCAAGAGCUCAUCACCCGGUAUUUGGAGCCGGCAUUGGCACCUUUAUUUGACGACAUCCUGCAUGAUACACUAUUUCGUUGGACUGCCACAAUUAAUCAAGAAUCAAAAGCAACCACUGCUAUAUCGAUUAGCAGGAGCAGGCCAGAUGCUUGUGUCUCUGGAUUGCACGGCGUCACUUGGGGCAUUAGCCGAGGCUUCGGCGAGGUGAAAUCUUCGAUAGAAGCCAACAAUAACUAUUCGGUUGCGCGGGAUCUCAUUCGACUAGGCAUAUUCGCCAAAAACGCUAUUGAUCUCAACAAUAUGAAGGGAUGUUUGGUGUUCCAAUCGGUUGGCCGGCACACGUUUUUUUAUCUGGUGACUCUUCUGCACGAUGGGGUCUAUGUGAUGUAUGAAAUCACGAAAAUUGAAAUCCCUAUGUGCAUCUCAGACUUGCCAUCCUAUUUGGGACAAAUUGGUCGACUAAUGCAUGUUCUUACAGUUUACCAGGACUAUUGUGUCCCAGCUGAUCAGAAAGACGUUGGCAGCCUACAUUCAGGAAAAAGGAAAUCGAUGACUGAUCCACAACACGACCGAAUCCUUGAUCCAUCAAAAAGCAGGAAACGGCAGUCCGUCACGACAUUUCGCCUCCAAUGAUUCCCCAUCUCGACUUUUUCUUUGAAGGCGAUUCUCUAUUAAAAAUAAUGUAUGUAAUCGACUUGAACACAUCAUCAACAAACUGUAUAUAAUAAACCAUCCACAAUAUUCGUUAAU